GAUUGUGAGGGGCUAGAACCUUCUUUUCGGCCUUAUUGGGACAAACAGAAACCCAAGGAUCACUAGCUCGCAAAGACGGUAAAUGUCUCCAUGCGAUGGACUUCCCCGGAUAAGCCGGAUAAGAACCGGACAGUUCCAAACCCAAUGUCGGUUUCCCCAACACAGCAAGGACAACGAUCGCCGCUCGAAGGCGACGCACCUCUAAGCCCGUCCAGUGGCACCACAGCGUUGUUGACUGUGCCCGUCACUGCCUCCCGUCCGAAACAAGUCUGCCGACCACCACCAGAAACCACCACCACAGUUGAUAUUGCCCCUUGCGUUAAUGACCUUGAGAAAGUUCAUGGCAAUCUUCCGCCAUUGCCAAGUCCAACCUUCAGCGAGCUAUUUUACCUGCAAUCUGAAAGACCAAUACCCCAGUUCACCCUCACGCCAGCCGUAGAAGAACCAUCAGGAAUAUUUUGGGCGAAUGAAACAGUGUCGCCGCCUAGCAGCCCUAACGGAGAACCCCAAAGGCAGACUCAACGCGAUGAAAGUUUUUCGAAUAAUCUUCUGCAUGCGCCAGGACACGCCGCCCGUUUUCAUACGGCCGUGAAAUCCUUCGAGCCUUCAUUACCUGAUGAAUUACAAGUCGCCGUCGGCGAUCGCUUGGAGGUGCAAAGACGUUUCAAAGAUGGCUGGCUGAUGGGCCGAAACUGCACCACAAACAAACGAGGCGUAUACCCGGGCGACUGCAUCGCCCACGACGUUGUCUCCGGUUCGCAAUUUCCCCACUUCAUCAGCGAGUCCUCUCGCUCAGAUUCCUGCAUGUCUGGAGUCUCCUUCGUGACCAACGGCAGCAAAGACCAUUACGGAGAUCCCCAAUUAAUGUCCGAUUCGACGAUCACCAUCGAGGAGGUGGAAGCCCCCCAGACAAAGGGUCGGAUGCCAUUAUCGACAGCACGGAUCGCGGCACUGUGGCGGAAGAGCAGAAAGGCGGUCGUUGUCGUUACCUUGAUGGUCGUAUCUGUCACGCUGGUCUUGGGGCUUGGAUUGGGAUUGGGGAAAGUGUACGAACCACCAGCCCAGUCGCAAGCUGGUUUGUAGAGGGUUAUCUUCAGUUCGCCGCAACUACCCGGGACGUGCUGGUCACGGUCUUCCGUUGUAUCUUUUGCUUUUUGGGAAAUGUUGAAUCUCAUUCAAUCGCGUGGCCGCUUUCGGGCCAGCCCG